AUGGCCAAGCAUGCACAGUCUGUCUCAAUGAAAAAACGGCUCGCAUCUCGUGAACGAGAAAAAGCCAUUGCUCAUGCCAUGGAGGCCUACAAAGCCGAGCUACAGAAACCUGAGAUGGAACGGAAACCACUGAAAACCAUCUGUCGGGAGGCAGCAGAGGAAUGGAAGGAGAAAGGGAUAUCUGUGACUGUGAGUGCUGACACAGUGCGAAGACGUCUCACAGGAGGAAGAAGCCACACUGAGUUCAAUGCUGAGAAGAAUGCAUGGCUUGCACUGGAGGAAGAGACGAAAGUUGUUGAAUAUUGCCUUGCACUUGCAAAGAGAGGUUUCCCACUUAAUCACAAGCAGCUGAAGUUUCACUGUCGACUCUCUUUUGCAAGCACAGCUCGGUGA